GAAGCGCUUCUAGUUUUUUGUAUUAUUGUUCCAGCACGCAAGGAGAGCGGACCUGUGUCGCUUCGUUUGGGAAAUUGUAACAAACGGAUCUCUAGAACGACGAACGACACAGAGACGGCCGUGCUCGUGCAACAUAACACCACCCUCCUCGGUGCCUGCACACAUCCCCUUUGUCCAACUACGGCUCCGGAAAGGGCAACAACAGCACCACAUCCUCCCCGGUCCCCUAGCUGUGAGAACGCAACCUCGCUUGUGUGUGUGUGUGCGUGGUGAAGAAUCAGUGAAACCACAAGUGCAAAAGUGUGUGUGUAGAAGAAGUGAGAAAAAGAUAGAUAAAAAACGAAAACGCCAAGCAAGCAAAGCCGUUCAAGAAGCAGUAGCCUGCUGCUACAACAUUUCCGGAAGUGCGUGCUUGCGUGCGUGUGUGCGCGUGUGAUUGUGCAAUUGUGUGUUUGUGUGUGAAAGAAAGUUUCCAAUUGUGCGUGCCAGCGUGUGUGUGGCCGCCUAGUCGCGAAAGGGGAAAACACACAAAGGCAACAAACCCUUUGGCGCGCCCCUCCCUCAUUGUUAUUGUUGUGCUGUGCUUAGAGUGAAAGAGAGCGAGAGAGUGAGAGCGGGUGAGUUUUUCGCGCGUUCCGCAUUGUAUUCCGCGCGUACAUUUUCCGGGAGGGUUUUCCACGGAGUCAUCGCGUAGAAGCGCCGUAACAGCACCGAGUGUGUCCCUACUACCCGCCUUGUCGCGUGCUCGUGAUCGCGGAAGUGUGUGUGUGUGUGUGUGUGCGCGCGCGCGAGUGUGUGUGUCCGCCCCUAACUCCCCUUAAUUCAUCUCCACCGGUGCGUGUAAGGCGUGGGAUCGGUGGAAGGCGGCCGCGGGUUAUGCGCAACGGCUGAAUGGCGGCUGUCGGUGGCCCUGCCAGGCAAUCACGGGGGGUCUCCAUGAGUGUCUCGAUGUCGCUGGUACAAGGAGGAGCUGCCGGUGCGCCGCAGGGCGCCAUCCUGGCCGCGGCCGCACCCUACUUCCAGCCGCCGGCCGUCCCGCAGGAUGUCCAGCCGGACCGGCCAAUCGGUUACGGCGCGUUCGGUGUCGUAUGGGCUGUCACCGAUCCGCGUGAUGGACGCCGGGUCGCACUCAAGAAGCUGCCCAACGUUUUCCAGUCGCUCGUGUCCUCGAAGCGUGUGUUCCGCGAGCUGAAGAUGCUGUGCUUCUUCAAGCACGAAAAUGUACUCUCUGCACUGGACAUCCUACAGCCGCCACAUUUGGAUUUCUUCCAGGAAAUCUACGUGAUUACGGAGCUGCUCCAGUCGGAUCUGCACAAAAUCAUCGUCUCGCCGCAGCACCUGUCCGCUGACCACAUCAAAGUGUUCCUGUACCAAAUCCUGCGCGGGCUGAAGUAUCUCCACUCGGCGCGCAUCCUGCACCGGGACAUCAAGCCCGGCAACCUGCUGGUGAACAGUAACUGUGUGCUGAAGAUUUGUGAUUUUGGGCUGGCGCGCGUCGAGGAACCGGACCAAUCGAAGCACAUGACGCAGGAAGUCGUCACGCAGUACUACCGCGCGCCGGAGAUACUGAUGGGCGCCCGCCACUACUCGGCUGCCGUCGACGUCUGGUCGGUCGGGUGCAUUUUCGGCGAGCUGCUCGGCCGGCGCAUUCUCUUCCAGGCGCAAAGCCCCGUACAGCAGCUUGAACUGAUCACCGAACUGCUCGGUACGCCAUCGCUGGAGGAUAUGCGGCAUGCCUGCGAGGGCGCCAGAAGCCACAUGCUGCGGAGGGCACCGAAGCCCCGGUCACUGACCGCACUCUACACGCUGAGCACCCAUGCCACACACGAAGCCGUACAUCUGCUCUGCCAAAUGCUCGUCUUCGAUCCGGACAAAAGAAUAUCCGUGAUCGAUGCGUUGGCCCAUCCGUACGUCGACGAGGGUCGACUUCGUUACCAUUCCUGCAUGUGUAAGUGCUGUUACACCACGUCCGCCGGCAUGCGCCAGUACACCGGCGAGUUCGAGCCAUCCGCCACCCAAGCAUUCGACGACCUGUGGGAACGCAAACUGACCUCCGUGCAGCAGGUGAAAGAGGAAAUGCACAAAUUCAUUGCCGAGCAGCUACAGACGGGCCGCGUGCCACUGUGUAUAAAUCCCCAAAGCGCUGCAUUCAAAUCCUUCGCUAGCAAUAAUCAUCACAUAUCACCAUCAUCCAAUCAUCAUCAGUAGCAAGCAGGUGGCAAAACUGAUGCCCGUCGCGGGUAGCGCGCAAAGAGCUAGGAAGAAGCCGUGUGAUCCGUUGCUGAUGUUUGAAUACUCGGGGAAGAAAAAAAAAGGCAAGACGCGAGGUGGUGGUCUGCCUCACAAUCGCACUCGGGCAGGUGUGUCAAAUCAAGAUAGAGAAGCGCACGUCUAUUACUACUACUACUGCUAGCACAGUGCGUGCGAAGUUUGUCGAUCCAGUAGUUGGUGACCGAGAAAAGACCCCGCGACCAACACUAUUCCCCAAAGUGUUCGAUAAGAAUCGACAGAAAGCUGGCCAAGGAAGAGAUUUAAGAAAGCAAACAAACUGAACGAUGCGCUUGAAGAGAAGAAACUGUAAAUUAGUGUGGCGACUUUUGGAACGACUUGUGUCGGUUCUGUGCGCACAUGCCUUUUGCCCCUUAUGAGUUGUGUUUGCUUAUGGAAAUCAUCAACCAACGACCGUGUCACUACUCGUACGACCUGCUACUCAGCUUUAGAGGAUAAUCAUCACAUUGCAAAACGAAAACAGCACACGCGAUUUAUUUGCCGGAAAUGUGUGGAAGAACAGCCUUCCAUGUCACAUCAAACCACACAAGAAUAAUGCACCAGAUGCACUGUUUGAUGCUCCCCGUCUCUCAGACUUUCUCCCAUGCGCCUCCCAUCGGUGCAUCUUUCCGUGGGGGGACGACAUUCAAGAGAUUGUCACGAUAGCGAUAGCGGUGAUACCUAAACGUUUACCAUUAGCGUCACGGUGUCAAUCACUUAUCCUCUUUGUCACUGUGUGCACGUAUGUGUGUGUGUUUGUGUGCGUGCCCGCACUUUCGUGCCGCGGGGCCAUGGAUCAUCCGGCAGGAUACACACACGCAACUGGAAUGUUGGAUCGGGGGAAAACAGAAAGCGGACGUAUCACCAUGCUGCUACAAAUCUGUCCACAAGCCUUCGAUUUUUCGCAAAAUAGCUCAACCGUAGCCCAUCCAUCAGAACUGCCACCAUCGCCGCACCAGUGGGAAUGACAUAAUGAAGCAAUGGCCGCCUAAAAUGGAGCGAUGUAAAUGCAACCGAGAAUCGACCACCCCACCCCCCCGAACAAACCAACACAAAUCGACUCUUUGCAAGAUUGUAUCAGGAGCAGCGACCAUUAGGGGCAUAUCUGUGUUUUGGUGGCGUCAGUUUCUAGGUUCUAGAAGAAGAAAAUAACCCCUAAAACCUCAAGGUUGCCAUUCCUAUGGGACAAUCGGUGUCCAGGGGGGGUCCAAGCACUUACCAGAGCGCACCACGAACAAGAGCUCUCUCUGGUAAUAUGUUACGUGUGAAUAUCCAUGCAGACACACAAGCACACAUACACACACACACACACACACAGACUAUCUAUUGUACGGCUGUCAGCAUCAGAGCGCAACCAAGUAAAGGGGGGACAGUAUUUUUUGUUCGGUUUAGUAUGUGUUUUAGUGCAUGGGAUUAGGUUAUCAUAUCUCAUGAAACGCUGGGAGCUGCUAUGCUAAAGGACUACUGCUCAGUUGGAGUGCAGAAGAACAGACAGGUGUGUGUGUAGCAAGCAGCGUCAUCUGGGAACAAGAACGACUAAUUGGAAGGAAGAAUGUGUCGCUGUAACAAGCACACCAGUGUACGUCCGAUCGAUGAUGUAUGCAGAAUUAAUCGCUCAUAGCGCCGACGCAUCCUUUCGAUUACUUCAAUCAGUCAUUUCGCGUGUUACUUGACUUGAACAAAAAAAAAGACAAUUCCGUACAAACAUUCUAAAGGGCAGGUGAAGAAAACAAACAAACAAAACCAGUUCCAAACGCCGACAGGGAGGGAUUACAGGCCAUGCUUGCAAACACAACAAUCACAGAACCACAAAGCGAACUGUUCCGGGAUCGAGAUGAACCUUUUGACUGCCUAGUUUAAUUUAGCUUACGCGUGUACUUUGUUUACAUCAUCCUGUGUGUGUGAGUGGGCGAGUGGGCGAACGAAACAUACCGUAAACACCUGUAAAUAGCGGAAGAGAGGAAGAGGAAGCAUAAGACGGUACGAUUUAUACGAUUGAUUUCAUUUAGGAAAAUUCUCCAUUCUCCUUUUGUUUCUUUACUGUCGCGUCUUCGUUAGCUUUUAAGGCAUAUAGGACAAACAUUUUAAGCUUCGGAUGUAUGUGUCUGUGUGUGUUAGCAAAAGAAGAGCAAAACAAGACGCGCCAAACAGAACGCCAUGGUAUGUGUGGCGUGCGAAAACGGGAAAGACUUUAUAGAUUGUGAGUCAGGGGGAGGAAAAGAACGUAGCUUUCAUUGCUGCCGCUUCCCACCCCCCAAAAAGAGAGGAAAAAGAGAGCGAAGGUCAUCUCUCGCCCACGUGGUGAAACAAAUCUUUCAAUAAGAUCUCAUUAUUAGUGUUUUUUUUAAUUCAAUUACAUUUUUAGAUUAUUUUCCCCCCAAAACAAACCCCUAACUCUACCAAUACACACGCGCAAGAGAGAGGUGUAGUAGUAAAAGCAGCCGCAUACGCAAGUGCAAGCGUCGGCAAACCCUGCUUAAGAGAGUGAAUCAGUUGUGGGGGAGCGGUGGGCAGGUACAUUGGGUAAGAAGUGAUAAGAAAAACGGUUUUAAAUAGUAGAUUAUGGAAAAAAAACGGCAGCUGCAGCAUACACUCUGCAGCCUCUCGAAGGGGUACCACAGACACGCAUGUACCACAUUCUACAGGACAGGAGUUCGUUUGCAUUGCAAUCACUCAAUGUAAGCGCUCAAAAGCCGAUGUUUUCACAGUAAUGGAAAACGUUACAAUAGGACAGCUACCAUCAGGCAUGUACAGGUUUUUUUUUUUGCGUUAGCAGGUUAAGAAAGGAUGGAAUGAUAAUGAUGAUGGUUGCGUUUCUAUAGUACCACUGCACCCUCAGCUCCACGCGCGCAUCUCUGUACAGUAAGAGCGUGGAAGAGCCCUCUACCUUAGCGAGGUAGAGCGGGAGAGAAACAAAGGAGCAUACAAUAUAAAAUGAUAAACAAUAAGGUUGAAUGAUUGCAGGUAGCAGUGCGCUUUUUAACCAGCAGAGGGUUAAGUAAGGCGGGGGAAACUAAGCAGAGAAAGGAUAAUAUCCUGCACGAGAGAGAGACUGCGCGCGUGCAUGCGUUCAAGAAAGUGGUAGUAGUAGUAGCAAGUGUAAGAAGAAUAACCGCAAAACUAAAACUAAAACAAAACAAAACAAACAAAAACAACUCUAGCAAACGUGUUCAACGAUUAUGCGUGUUUAAGGUUAAGUAGAAGCAAUAAGAUUUUCACGUGGCGCGGAAAAGGUAUGGAAAAGGGCACUAGAAAAGCACAGAUUUUGGGGGGGGGGGGCGAAUGAUGCAAAACGUUUCAGAACACGGUAUAUAUCCGGUUUCAGUUCCGUGGGUUCCUGUAGUUUUUGCCUGCCAAUUCGGUUUAGGAAAGGAUGGUGAGGAAGAAGUGCUCACGUCGUGGUGUAGUGUACAAUUAGAUCAAAUUUUAGUUUUUUUUGUUUUUUUUCAUUCACGUGCACGUGCAACUCUUCACUUUAAAGACAAUUUAAAUGCGUUCUCUUGUCGCGGUGGUUUUCUCGUAAGCGUUCGGCGUACCUAAUUCAAUGAAAAUUCACUAAAAUUUUAGUACAUUUCACGCAACACCUUCGCGUGUACCGUUUUUGACCAGGAAGAACGCGUGGCGGAGAUUCCUAAUUCAUUUUAUGCGACUGAAGCGAACUGACGGAGAAGCACACACACACACACUGAGAAACAACAUCGAUUGUUUGCUCUCUUCCUCCAACGAAACACGCCACUGAGCGACAGGACCCGUAUGGCCGUAGGUGUGAAGGAGUGGUAUAAGCAUCUAGUUUAGCAGUAUAAAUUAGCGCCAAGCAACAAAAACUCAAAUAGAAAGUCACACACACUUACAUGAGAAUGAGGUCGGAUGCGCGCCACCAGUAGGUUUUAAGCAUGUGUAUAUUUGAUAAGGGAUCGAGUUGUGGUUGAGACAAUUUUUUUGAUUGCAAACAUACAAGUCCCCAAUAUAACAGAAAAAGAGAUAGAUAAAUGCGUGUAAGCAAAGAAGAAACAGAGAGAAAGCAAAGAAAGAGAGGAAGAGAAACACUGAGAGAGAGAGAGAGAAAGCGAGACACAUACAUAGGAAAACAAAUAGACGAAAGCAAAAACAA